GGCAGCGGCUCCGGGAGCUCCCGGUACGCGCGGACCCGCCACAGCCGCGCACGGACCUGCAGCAGCCCCGGAGCCGCCCGUGCCCCGGAGCCGCCCGUGCCCCGGAGCCGCCGCGCUAUGGAGCCUCCGGGCACCGCCGGGGCGCCGGGCGCGGCGGGGCGGCCCUGGGAGGAGGCCAAGGCUUUCUACGAUAACCUCGCCCCCAAGAAGAAGCCCAAAUCGCCAAAGCCCGAGAAUGCCAUCACCAUUGCGGUGUCAUCGCGAGCGCUUUUCCGCAUGGAGGAGGAGCAGAAGAUUUACAACGAGCAAGGGGUGGAGGCCUAUGUGAAAUACCAACUGGACCAUGAGAACGAGCCCUUCCUCCCCGGCGCUGCCUUCCCCUUUGUCAAGGCACUGGAAGCAGUGAACGCGCAGCUGCGUGAGCUCUACCCCGACAGCGAGGAGCUCUUCGACAUUGUCCUCAUGACCAACAACCAUGCCCAGGUUGGGGUUCGCUUGAUCAACAGCAUCAACCACUACGAUCUGUUCAUCGAGAGGUUCUGCAUGACGGGAGGGAACAGCCCCAUCUGUUACCUCAAGGCCUAUCACACCAACCUCUACCUCUCCUCCGAUGCCGAGAAAGUGAGUGGGGCCAUUGAAGAGGGGAUCGCUGCAGCCACCAUCUUCAGCCCCAGCAAAGACCUGGAGGUGUCGGAGAACCAGCUGCGGGUGGCAUUCGACGGUGACGCCGUGCUCUUCUCUGAUGAGUCGGAGCAGAUCGUGAAGGCUCAUGGCUUGGACAUGUUCUUUGAGCACGAAAAGGCUCACGAGAACAAGCCUCUGGCACAGGGACCCCUGAAGGGCUUCCUGGAGGCCCUGGGGAAGCUGCAGAAGAAGUUCUAUUCCAAGGGGCUGAGGAUGGAGUGUCCCAUUCGCACCUACCUGGUCACUGCCAGGAGCGCGGCCAGCUCGGGAGCCCGGGCCCUAAAGACUCUGCGCAGCUGGGGCCUGGAGACGGAUGAGGCUUUGUUCCUGGCCGGGGCUCCCAAGGGACCACUGCUGAAGAAGAUCCGUCCUCACAUCUUCUUUGAUGACCAGAUGUUCCACGUGGAGGGAGCCAAGGAGAUGGGCACCAUUGCUGCCCACGUCCCCUACGGCGUCGCCCAGAAGCACAAGCGGCCAACGCAGGAGAAGCAAACCCCGAACAGCAAGUAGAGGAGCUGGCUACGUCCCGUGGCCCCUGGCGUGUUGCUUCACCCCGUGCACCACGCUCUGACCUGGGUUGUGGUCUGCAAGGCAGAGAGCAUUUGCCACGGCGAGCACGAGGUUAUUCCCCGUCGGGAGCCUUGUCGGGGGCACGGAUGGAGGAAGGGGCUGACGAAAGGCUUCCUUUCGCCUCUGUUUUUGUUGAAACGUUGUGGUGUUGUCCCCGUGGGGCUGGAGGAUCCCCUGCGCCGGGCAGCCCCGUGAGCCAUUUCCCCAUUCUUCUGCGCUUGCUUCAGGCAAAAUCCUUCGAGGAUGGAUCUCGCCUUUUGUGGACUGUUUGUGCCAGGCAGGUUUAACCUAUUGGUAUUUCUUUAAAACCCCAGGUAAUUUCCAAAGCCUUUGAUUUCCAAAGCAAAUGUUCAGUCUCAACUGUUGAACUGGAAAGUUGGGAGCGCACAAAACCCCUUCUUGCACUUUGAAACAAAAUCUUGUCCCUCUUAACUAAAAUUACAUCAUAAUACUUUUCCUUAACAGACCCAGCCCCUCCUCCUCAACCAGAAAAUCUUUCAUGUCUUUGUCCUUUCACCAAGAUUUUGUCAGCUGAACAGCUUUCCUUUCAUGCACUAAAAUUUGGAAAAAAAGGAAACAAACACUUAUAUAUUAAAAAAAAAUAAUAAUCCUGUUUCCUGCUUGGAGCUUUGGGCUAGUGUAUUGUUGGCCCAGGUUUUUAAAUUUUGGUUUCACAGUUGCAUGAGUUAGCACUUAAAAAUAAUAAUCUCUGAGGCAUCCAAAGCCCAGCUCUUGUGUGAGCCAUCCAGGGUCCGCAGACACAUGCCUAGGGCUUGAAUUAAGUUAAAAGCAGGCCCUAAUACAUUAGGGACAUCAUUUGAAGUCCAUUUAGGUAAAUCUGCAGAGAAUUUCAGCCUGGGGGCUUUAAUUAAGGGAUUUUUUUUUUUCCCCCUUUCUAGACUGAGCCCAUAUGAGUUGAUAAUGUUUUUCUCCUUAGCUUCUUAAAACCUCUGGUGUUUCCUAAAAUAGACAUCUCUGCUAGUGAUGCUGUGAGAGAGAACCAAAUCUCCGAUUAAAAAACAGGGAAUCAAUUGAAGAGCUGCUCCAAAAUCGGUGUGAAAAUCACACUGACAUUUCUGCACAAAGCCUUGUCCCGAGGGAUGCUCUCAGGAGAAAAAUUUAAAGAUUACUUCUUUCUUGUGGGUUUUUUUUCUUUCUUUCUUUUUUUUUUUUUCUCCAUGGCUGGGCACGAAGGAUGCCCGGCAUUAUCAGACAGCAGUUUUCUACAAACACCAACUCCAUGGGCUGAAGUUUUCCAAGGUAUGUGUGUGCCUCUGGCUUGACUUUGCAGGGAGGUUUCAGCUAAAACAGCUCAGCCCUUCCCGACAGUGAGGCUAGAGCUCAAGUUAUCGCACUUUUGAUGAAUAUAUAAAAGCUAGUGAAGCCUUCAGUGGCUUGGGAGACUGUUUUCUCAUUACACUAAAUCCUGCUCUGGCAGUGAAAAGCAAAUUGCACUUCCCCCCCCCCCCGAACUAUUUCGCUUUGAUAGACUGUUAUUUGUCACGUCUGGGUGACAAGCACCUUAGAAGAAGGUCUGAAAUCCAAACAAACAAACAAAAGUCUUGAAAGAAAUUAGUAUCUCAGUAACACAUCUGUUAAUAUACAAGUUUAUAAAAAGGUCCUGUCUUUUUAUAAUGUGAAGCCCAGAUAUUGGGAUCUGAACGCUAUCUCGGAGACCUUUUUGGCAGCUGGGAGGGGGAGAACAGCUUGGCCUCCCAGUAAACAUUUCCAAGGUGUUUCCUGAAGAUCGCAUCAUGGAAGCCCAGCCAAGCCCAACUUGCAAACGGGCUGCACCGGGGCUUCCCGCCAACGCGGGAGGUGAUGUUGCAAGAGGAAUAGGGCUGUCAGCAAGCCCUUAGGAACCCCCGGCCAGGGCAGCGUGCCCGUGGGAUCGGAUACAGGGUGUGAGCACAGCCACUGGGGAUGGGGGCUUGCACCGGGUGCCAUGGGGGAUGCGGGGUGUUGGCAGGGCUGGGCUGUGCAGGGGGAGAUGCCCUGUCUGAAGGUGCUGUUAGCUCCAGGGAAGCAAUGUGUUUUGGGGCACGGAUGUGGAUCUCAGCAGCUUUCAGUACUGCUGUUCCAGGUCUCGAGAUGCACAGGGAGCUGCGUGCAAGCUGGGGGGCACUGUGCGGGCAGGAGUUUUAGUGAUGCUGCUUAGGGUCCUCCUGCUGCCAGGCAGCUUAGGGGCUCGCUGGGAGACUUGGGGCUCUGGAAAUGGGUCCCAGGUGAGGUAGACCUCCUUUGGCACCUCCUGAGUCCUUCCAGUGUGGGGAGGAUUUUCCAUUCCUGCAACAGCUGCCCCAUUUGCUCUUAUCCACAUGGCUUCCUACCUUUUUUUUUUUUUCUCCAUCACUAUAACUGGCGGAUGUGGAUUUAGUGCUUGUGUACUUUGCCUGUGUGCACAUCUGUGACAUCCCCUCGGGCUGGGGGAACGAUGUGCUCCUCAGGACCGGCUGGGCACAUCUCCCAUCCCGAUGGACCGGUGCGGUUGUGCCUCUUGUGCUGCGCUGGCCAACAACUGGACUUUCCUGCUGUGUGUUGUUGCUGUGGGUUUCAUUUCAUUGUCCUCUGGUGGUUUUUUUCUUGUGAAUGGACUGCCAUGUUAAUGAAAUCCCUCUGGGUGUUUUUCUGUAAUAAACUGUGUUGGUCCCA